AUGGAAUUAAGGGGAAGAGUACAGAGGGCAAACGAGACGUUACAAGACUUUGCAGCUGAGGUGGAACGUUUGGUGCUAAUGACGUAUCCAGGAGAGGAUCACCCAUUGCUGGACCCAUCAUUUUCCGAAACUGUGUCGUUUGCCCUUGCCCAAGAGACGGCAAGAAUAGUUGUUAAGCCCCAGACCCACAAGAUUCGCCAACUGGAGACCGAAGGUUGCGAACCCAAAUCUCUCGUUAACUCGAUCGAAGACGCCAUGAGGCGGGUAAUAGAAGAGACAAUAUUAGUUGGGAUGACUAAGCCCAGGGUUAGAUGCUACAACUGCGAUAAAGCAGGUCAUAUUGCGCGCGAAUGCAGAGCUAAGCGCAAACGAUCCAGGUCAUCGUCACCACCUCCAACGAAAGAUGGUAGAAGAAUGGCCCAACAGUCCACCAAUGAGUCACAGUUAAACUAA